AUGACGAGCUCGACUAGCACGACGACGACGACGGCCCAGCCCAUGGCCUGGAACGUCUCGAUCCACCCGCUCAACCAGCUCCUCCACAGCGCCGACCUCGCCAUCGUGGCCGCCCAGCUGGCCUCGACGCACUACGACAGCGGCGUCGACAUUGGCACCUUGCCGUUCGACGAGUGGGCGAGCUAC